CCGAAUCGGAAUCCAACCCAACCCUCCUCAAAGCCUCGCCUCCCAACUCUAGAGAAUCCAAAUUUGACAAGGACAGGACUCGACUCUACCGCGCCGCCAUGGCGCUGCUGGUGCGCGCGCGGCUGUCCCCGCUGGACGACGACGACGACGCGUCCACGGCGUCCUCGCUCUCCUCGGCGGCCUCCUCCCCGCCGCUCUCGCCCGCGGCCGCCUCCACGCCGCUACCGCUGUACGCGCGCGCCGCGGUGCUCGUCGCCCCGCGGAUCGCCGCGCAGCUCUCGUCCACGGAGGAGGACGUCAGCGAGUCCUUCGAUGACACCACCAGCUCCGGCGAGGACGUCGACCUGCCGGAGGAGGUGUCCAACGGCUUCUUCUUCAGCGUCGCCAGGGUGCCGCCGACGCCGACGUCCGAGGACCCGAUCCUGGUCCCCGGCGGCGGGGUGGCGGGGAUCGCCGCUGCGGAGGCGCCCGAGGCCGAGGGCGGGGACGGCUUGGGCGCCGCGGAGGAGCCGCUGGAGGGGGGCAUCUUCGUGAGCGCCAAGAAUGGGUUGGAUGGCGUCGAGGGUUCGCUGGGUGGCAGCUUCCUCAAAUCUGGGAGCUGCAUUGGCGCGCACAACGGCGGGGAGGCUGCUGCGUCAGGUGAUUCGGUGAUCGUUUCAGAUGGCACCGUGCUGAAUGAGGAGGAUGAUAAGCAGGGGGAGCAGGCUGUCAAUGACGCGGCGUCUGGGCCUUUACUGAUGCCUGUUGCUGGGGUAGAUGGCCUCGUCAUUGUGGAUGCUUUGGAGGGGAUGCUUGAUCGUGAGGCUGCUGAAUCGCUUCCUAUUCCCAGUGCUACUGCUACUGGUACAGAAGGAGAGGAGGCUGCUGCCGAGCUUCGCAGCGAUGCAGUAGGUAGUGCAGCCAAGCUUGAUGCUAGUCCUGAAUAUGCUGCCACAGGAGAUGUCAUAUCUGAUGCCAUGCAAGUUCUUGAUAGUGUAGAUGAUGAAGCUGAUGGUGAUCAUGAAGGUUCCGACGAUCUUACAUCCAUGCCAAUCUCUUCAAGUGACUAUGCUGUGGAACUUGCAAAAGAACUGGAGAACAACGUGCCUACUUCCAUAGGCGCACGCUUUGUUGCGGAUGAUUCAGAUGAUGCAGAGAUCAACGGUGAUGAUGAAUAUGAAGAAGAGAUGAAUGGAAAGGAGAACGAGCUUUUUGAUCAUACAGCUUUAAUUGAGCUUCUAAGAGCUGCAAGCAGCUCGCCUGAACAAGGCAAGGCCAAGGUUUUCCCAGUUGAAUCUUCUGAACCUAGGGAUCUGCCUCCCACUUUAGCCAGCAAUGCUAGGAUGAACGUGGCUUCUGCUCCUGUGCCACAAGCAAUCGCUGACCCUGAGAAACAGAUGACCGAUGAGGAAAAGAAGAUUUACGGAAAGGUGGACAUGGCACGAAUCAAAUACAUGCGUCUUGUUCAUAGAUUGGGGUAUGAUACUAACCAUCAGGUACCAGUACAAGUGUUGUUUCGGCUUAGUCUUGUUGAAAGUUUCAGGUGCGUAAGGAUGACAAACCAUUCCUCAGAGAUCGAGAAUGCCUGGAAGAGGGCUUUGCAGCGUGAGGCAGAGGGAACUGAGAACCUUGAAUUCUCCUGCAAUGUUUUGGUCCUUGGGAAGACUGGAGUUGGGAAAAGUGCAACAAUAAAUUCCAUCUUCGGGGAAGAUAAAUCCAAAACAAAUGCUUUUCUACCGGCAACAUCAUCUGUGAAGGAGAUUAAUGGAGUUGUUAAUGGUGUUAAGUUUCAUGUCGUCGACACCCCUGGGCUUGGGACUUCAGCCGAGGAUGAAAAAUCAAAUAGGAAAAUGCUCAAUGCUGUGAAGAAGUAUAUGAAGAGAUGCCCUCCAGAUAUUAUUCUGUAUGUUGAUAGGCUUGAUACACCGCGGGAGGAGGCAAAUAGCCUAUCCCUCUUGCGAUGCAUUACCAGUGUGCUAGGCCUGUCAAUAUGGCCCAGAACAAUUAUUACUCUCACUCACUCAGGAGCAGCUUCCCCUGAAGGCCCUAAUGGUUUGGAAGUGAACUAUGAUAUGGUUGUGUCUCGUCGAACUCAUGCCAUUCAGCAAAGCAUCCGGCAGAUAACUAAUGAUCCUCAAAUUCAGAAUCCUGUGGCUCUUGUGGAGAACCAUCAUCUGUGUCGGAGGAACGCAGAAGGUGAAAAGAUGCUUCCUGAUGGCCUUAUCUGGAGGCGGCUCCUCCUCCUCCUAUGCUUCUCACUAAAGAUGAUUGCUGAGAUUGACAGUCUCUCAACCCGCCGUGCUUCUUCUGCAAGUUUCUUAGGCCGCCUUCUCCAAGUGCCUCCAAUUCCUUACUUCUUAUCAUCUUUGUUGAAAUCUAGAGAGCACCCUAAGCGUUCCAAUGACCAUAAUGUUGUGAGUGUGGACUCAGAUUUUUACCUAGAUGAAUUGUUGAAUGGGGACCAAGAGGAUGAAGAUGACUAUGAUCAACUUCCUCCCUUCAAGCCACUAAGUAAAUCCCAGGUUGCAAAACUCUCCAAGGAGCAACAGAUUUUGUAUUUUGAUGAAUCUGAUUACCGAACUAAGCUGCUUCAGAAGAAGCAGCUGAAGGAACAGCUCAAAGGAUUUAAGGAAAUGAAGAAGAAAGAGGGUGAUGAUAAUGAUAUACUUUCUGAUGAUGAUCAUCCCGAUGAUGGAUAUGAUACAGAUAGAUAUCCUAUGCCAGAAUGGACCUUGCCAUCUUCAUUUGAUUCUGAUGAUCCUGUGUACCGCUAUCGUUGCCCUGUGUCUACACCAAACCUUCUGGUGCGUGCUGUUUACAAUCCUGAUGGAUGGGAUCAUGAUUUUGGAUUUGAUGGUGUGAGUGUCCAACACAGCCAUGAUGUUGCUAACAAAUAUCCAGCAUCUCUGUGGGUUCAAGUUAACAAGGACAAGAGAGAGUUUACCAUCCAUUUGGAUUCCUCAAUGUCAGUUAAGCAUGGAGAUUAUGCCUCGAGCCUGGCAGGCUUUGACAUCCAAACAAUUAUGAACCAGCUUUCUUACACCCUCAGAGGGGAGACCAAAUUUAAAAACUUCAAGAAAAACAUCACUACUGGUGGUUUAUCCAUGACCUUUUUGGGAAAUUCCAUGGUGGCUGGAGCAAAGCUUGAAGACAAGCUUUUAGUUGGUAACAGGUUAACACUAUCAGGCAACACUGGUGCUGUGUCCAUGAGAGGUGAUGCUGCAUAUGGAGUGAUUAUGGAAGCAACUCUUCGUGAAAAAAGCUAUCCUGUAGGUCAAGGCGUUGCCACUUUGGGUGCAUCCUUAGUGAAAUGGCAUAAAGAGUGGACCAUGGCCGCAAAUUUGGAUUCCCAUGUCUCUGUUGGAAGGUCUUCAAACAUGUCAGUUCAUGUUGAUGUAAACAACAAACUAACUGGACGGGUCAGCAUCAAGGCCAACACUUCAGAACAGUUGAACAUUGCCCUUUUAGGUACAUGUUCAGUGAUAAUGUAUGUGUGGAACAAGAUGCACCCUAGUGCAGAUCCUAAUGCUGAGUAGCACUGAACUCCCCAGAUCCAAGCAGUCACAGGUUGGCAAGCACAUCAUUUGUGUCCCAGCUUAUGAUUCAAGAACGAGGUAGCUGAAAACUGCACACUCUGGCAACUUGCCAGGAUUGGAAGUUGAACCAUCGCUUUCUGUCAAGAAUCGAGAUAAGUGUAGCUGUGCUGGCGUUUUUACCCCCAUCCAGUGCGCAGUUGGUGGCCAACUUCAUGAAUCAUGAGUGACUCAACUUUUUUUUUUUGUCAAAAGUUGUAAUUAGGGUGUGAGGGUAAAAUAUCACUUUAAGACCAUAAAUAAGCUGAAAUUAGCUAGUAUUGGGUAGCUUAUUUUAGCUUAUUUGUAAUUCUAAAGUGAUAUUUCAUCUUUCUAACAUUUCACCAUAAUCCAGCUUAUAUAAUCUAGGAGGGAAACAAACAGGGUCUCAGUAACACGGCUCAAUGGUUCAUGAAGCCCCAAAAAAAUACUGUUUUUUUUUGCCUCCCUUUAUUAAGCAGUUUCAAUUAGAAGACACAAAAAGUGUCCCCCCACCCACCCACCCACAUACACGCAAAAGUUUCUGAUAGCCUGUCUUUAGGCAGGCAAUAUAUUGUCAUGAUUUACGCGCUAAAUUUGCAGCAUAUCAGAUCGGUGAACCCUUUUGUUUCUGCUAGUAAUAUCCUUGUCAAUUUCUUUGUGGAUAUCUGAAGAAAAGAUAAGGUGCUCGAGAAAGCAAGCAAGAUGGUGACCCACAGAGUUUGGCUUAUCCUUGCAAGUGGGAGGCAGUCUUUUUCAUCGUUGUCUUGUUUAUAGUAGGAUUCGUAGGUCAUUAAUCCAAAGGAAAAGAGGAGUCCGAUUCUUUUUAGUUAUAUAGUACAAAAAUAAGGGUAAAAAAGGGGCUUCCUUUUAUUCUUCUUUCUGGGUGGCUUCUGUGUUCUGUCCAAGUUAUAAUAAUGAUAUGAUAUUGUACAUAUAACAAACUAUAUGAUACUGCAAAAUAUAUCCAGAAAGGAAGCUUCCAGCUUUCCUGCAGGAUACAGCUUUGAUUGAAUAGGUAGCCUUUGAUCUCACUGAACUCCGAGAUCUUUUGAGGUUCGUUACUUGAAAUAUGCAAGUGUUGAAAUCAUCAAUACUCUUUCUUGGGCACGGAGCAGGAUUCAUGUUUCCUAAAAUCCCAGCAGCGCUAAUGUUCUUUCCUCGCAUCCAAUGGAAUCACCUUGACAUAAAAAAGAGGCCGGAGAGGGGUAGUUUCAGACAAGGAGGCAGUGAAAGAAGGGGUAGUUUCAAUAGUUUCAGACAAGAAGGCAUUCUGAACCAAACCAGCUGAGAUGGAAGCAAAGGUGGACACACAAAGCAGCAAGAUAUGUUGAUGUCUCAUAGCUAUACACAGGUCACCCUUAUUACAUGGUUUCUGGGAAACAAGUUGAUGGCUACAAAAGUUCCAGAUCUCAGCCACACCCAUGACCCAUGCAUGAGCAUCCCAAGAUCUCAUG